UUCCUGUGCGGCCUAAAUAAUCGUACAGCGAAGGGAAGCAAGGGAGCAGAGAGAGAAGACGAGAAGGUAGGAGUGGUGGUGUGUAUAGGGUACCUCAGAAGAGGCUGCAGAUGCUGGAGGUGCCUCAGUAACCCAGCAAUCUUCUUGCUGUCAUGGUGAGGAUUAAAGGGUAAUGGCAAGUCAAAGGAUCACACGUGAUACACUUGAUGCUGAAGUACAAAAGAAAAUGAAAAGGUAUCGGAUGAGUUUUAACCAAGCACUUUCUGACACUCUCCGUGAAUGUCAACUUGAAGGUGCAUCAAAGUCAAAGCUUCCAAUGGAUAAUUACGAUGCUCUUUAUAGGGACCGUGAAAGAUACUCUCUUCGUGAUGCAUUGGACAGAAGCUGGGAUAGAGAGGAUAUAGCUAGUCAAUCUUACCUCCGAGAUUAUGGUCGGGACUCUUCUCCAGGCCGACUCAAUGAACCAUGUUUAGACAGAUGGAGGCAAGGUGACUCUAUAUCAAGGGAAAGGGUAUACAGAGAAGAACUUUCUUCUGACCGCCGAUUACAGGAUCUUGAGGCGCUGAGAGCUAGAGAACACAGUGAAUUUCUUUCAAGGGACCUUGGCUAUGGCUCCAGGCGUUGGGAGCCUGAACGUAACCAACUGCGAGUUGCAGAAUACAACUUACCCAGACCAGCAGGUUACAGGGAUUUGAAUUCAGAACUGAAUCGUUUUGAGCAAAGAGGAAACUAUUCAGGCCUUAUGCAGUCAGCAUUUAAGUCUCCAGGGAACAAGGGAAAAGGACCUGCAAAACAAACAAGAGGUGGCAAGGUUCAGCGUAGCCCAGCAGGGAGAGGGCAAGCAUUUCGCCAGGGCCCAGAAAAAGGUGGACAGUCUGCUCAGGAAAGCCGUUUCAUUUCUGGAAAAAAAGAAGCAGCAGCAACUCAGCCAGUGGGUGGUGAGCUAUCCAAAAACCCAUCAGCAUUUGUAAAUGCAGAAGAUCAAAGUGCAGCAUUAAAACAUGGCUUACAAAUGAUAAGAUGGUCCAAGUUCAACACCAUGGAAAAUGACAAUGACCUUAUAAAGCAGCACAAAGCUCUGUUCAAAGUAGAGACUGAUGCUUGUAAUAAAAUUGUGGAGUGCUUCAAAUAUUCCAUGCUAAAAUCUCAAAGGGAACAGUGCUUUAAUGCAGUAAAGUUCUUAAGUCACCCAGCUCUGAAGAAUCCAAAGAUAGACAAUGAACUAUUGGAUCUUUUGAUGGCAUCGCACACUGUGCAAAACCUAAAUGACUUCUUUGAAGUGAUUAAACCUUUUGACAAGGAAAUGCUGAUAAUUCAGCAACGUCUGCUAAAAUGUGCUAUUCCUUUGCUAAUUGCCUGUAACACUUUUGAGUUAAAGCACUCAAUUCUGACUGAUCAGCGGCAGGUAUUGGGGGCACUUAAAAAUACAGUGUUUUUGUGUCGUAAGUCUAUGGUGCUCUUAGGACAAACAUUUACCAUGGCAACAGCUGCCAGACAAAGUAAUAUUUUGAAUGUACUUGGCCUGUCUGACUUUCAGCUAAAAGCUUCAGACUUUCCAAAUGUGAAAGACUCUUUCCUUUUUGGGAAAGAUUUCUUGCGAGAACUGAAAAUUUGGUUAAAAGAUAAUGAUAGAAAGCCAGUCUUAAAAGCAAGGAUCCUUCCUGCAGAGGAAGGGAAAGAUGAACCUCAGCCAAGUGUAGAAGAAGAAAUCAAGGAUGAAAAAGUGGCAGACCCUGAAGUUGUUGCUACAAUAGACAAGCUUCUAGAGAAUGCAAAAAAUGGAUACCCUGCUGACGGAGAAAAGCCAGUGUUUUGGUUCUUGUUUGAUAAGGACAGCAGUGAAUAUAAAUAUUAUCGUCAAAAGCUUGCACAGUUCCAGAAGUCUAAAGGUGAAACACAGGAGGCCAAAAUUCAAACAAAGAAGCUAAAGAAAGCCCCUGCAAAGACCACAAAUGAAGCAAUCAGAGCCAUGCUAUAUGCAAAAAAAGCGCUGGCAGUAAGGAAAAGAAUAAAUAAAAGUCUUGCAUAUUCAAGAAAGCAAAGACUAAGGAAGGCUAGCGUCAAGCCCUCUACCUGCGAGCCUGUAAAACUUGUACCAAAAUCUGAGCCCAAAGAGGAGGUGUCUGAAGCAAAGCCAGAGAUUGAAGAGCUGAAGAAAGCUGAAAGCAAACCAAUCACAGACACUACAGAAACUACCAUUGAACCACCAAAGGUGAAAGAGGAGAAGGAAGAGGAGGUAACAGAAUGUGUAAAGCAGAAAUCCUCAUCUGAUCAGGAGGAGCUUGAUGACAAGACCAAGGACACAGCAGUAAAACUUGCACAAUUUGUAGCACAGAUGGGUCCUGAACUGGAACAGUUUAGCAUGGAAAACAGCAUAAAUAACCCAGAAUUCUGGUUCUUACGAGAAAAGAACAGUCCAGCCUAUAAAUUUUAUCAGAGUAAAGUUGAGGAGUUCAAACUUGCCGAGGAAAAGGCAGCAAAUGAUGACAAGGAAGAUGAUGACGAUGAUGAUGAUGACGAUGAUGAUUUUAAUUUGCUGGAAGAUGAUGGGGAACUGGAAAACAUCAGAACAGGUGAUGCUGAGGAUUCAGAUGAGGUUGAGAUGGAUGCAGAGUGUGAAGCUGCUGAGGCACCCUCUGUGGAAAGCCCACUUGUUGCUGCCUUUACCCCAAUGCCCACCCCAGCAAUGCCUCCAUUAAGGCGGAAACGUGUUACAAAACUAAAAGUUGGCAUGCUUCCAGCCAAAAGAGUCUGUCUAGUGGAAGAGCCCCAAGUGCAUGAUCCAAUUCGCAUAGAAUAUGAAAGACCCCGUGGCCGCGGUUAUAACAGAAACAAGAAACCAUCUGAUCUAGAGUUUGCCAACAAGAAGUUAACAGAAGGGAAUGUGGGUUUCCAAAUGCUGAGCAAGAUGGGAUGGAAGGAAGGACAAGGGCUAGGCACCAGUGGGUCAGGGAUCAAAAAUCCUGUUAAAGUGGGUUCAAUCUCUUCAGGAGAGGGCUUAGGUGUGGAAAGUGGUGAGUCUUCAGAGACCAACUUUGAUGCUUUCCGUCAAAGAAUGAUGCAAAUGUACAGGCAAAAAAUAACCAAAUGAGUAGUCUUGCAGGAUUCCUGAAGAAAACAGCAAUCCAUGAAAAAAAUUCCUACAGUAGAUGUUCAGGGUUUAAUUAUUACCCUUUUUUAUUUUUGAGCCAUAUGAAAGGCAUCCUCCUUGCAUGACAUUUAGCUAUUGCUGUUUGGUGUUUAGUGGGGUUAAAAGAAAAGUGUUGUUACUUUCCAGUUUUUUUUUUUAAUCACAUUUUAUUUACUUUUUAAUUGUCAGUCUUAGUAACUUGGGUAUUGUGCAUUGUAUUCCAGCAGAUUUAGUUUUUGAAAAAGAAAUGCUACGUGAUGUAGAGGUUCAGAAUCAAGGUGGGUUUCCAGGUUUUAGUUGCUUUGACAAAUGCCUUGCUAAUGUUUCCUGAAAAAAGCAAUUCAUAAGUUUUUACAACUGAAAAUGGCUUGUUGUAAGUUCACAACCACUCAAAUAAAGUAUCUUAAGCAUC